UAACAUAUCCACAAGUAUAAGGAAGGGUAUUGUAUUGUAGAAGCUAUUGCAUCAAAUAUUCAAUGGCUGUCUCUAGCAAUUUUGCCACAUGGCUGAACCACAAAUUAAAAGAACUAAAUACAGAUGAAUCCGUAUUUGGUUCUUAUAUAUUGGGAAUAUUAGAAGGUGAUGAAACUUAUGAGGAUAAGCAUGAAGCAUUGGAGGGAAUUUUAAGUGAAAUUCUGACCGAUAAUAUUGAGGAGGUCGUCCAAAGUAUUUUGAAAAAGUGGUCAGAGUGCAAUGAAAAAAUAGAUGAACCUUCAAAGCAGAUCUUAGAUUUAAAGGUAGAAGAGCAACUGGUAAAAUUAUUGGAGACGACCAAGGUUCAAUCUAUUGUAAAAGAACGGCAAUAUACGGAAGAAGAAAAGAGAAUACGGGAACAAAUUUUGGCCCAGUACUCACAGACCGAAGUCUCAGAUGAAGAAUAUGAAGCUGCACAAUCAGACGAGGAAACGGAAAAGCAUGGAAGUAGCGUUAGUAAAUCUUCUGGAUUAGAACGAAACACGAACUUUUCGGACGUUGUUGCACUACAAAAAGAAAAACGAGAACAAGCUCGAUUGGAUUCGGCUGCGAAAAAGCAAAAGGAUAAAGAAGAUAGAGAGAAGCAGAAGCAAAUGAGAGAAGAGAAGAAAGAGAAACGUAAAACUGUUAAAGGAGAGCGCAAACGGUAGCAAGUAGGCUUGCUUUUUUCGACUGCCUCUAUGUUUUAUUAUUAUUUAUAUCAUAAAAUUUAAAUUCAAUUUAAAAAUUGUUAUUAAAAAUUAUAAGAACGCAAAA